AUUACAGGUGAGUCCUCCCUUCAUGUAAAGAUCCCAAUAUUACAUAAUGUAGUUUACUUGCGUUGUGAAGGAAUUUUAAACUACAGAUUACCUAAAAGAUUAUUUAAUAUAGUUAAUAGAAUUAGCAAUCAGGGAAAAUGCAAGUAACGUGCUAUAUUCGAUAAAUUUACACUUUGUAGUGUAAAUAUUUUCACUUGCCAGUGUAUAUAAGUUAUAGGAAGUAGCACUUAUUUUAUGUCAUUUGGCUCGGAAAAGUCUUUCUGUUUGCGGUUCUUCUUACUGUCUUAGUAUUAUGCAAAGGAGUUCUACGUAAGAAAAAUCGAGAAUGAAGUUUCUAUCUAGCAUUGCCUCCUCCUCAGCUAGUUUUCUUAAAAUAAUUUAUGUACGAGGUAUACGUAUUUCGAAAUAUCUUCCCGUUUGGGAGUUUUGGUUAUUUAAUCGUGUCUCAUUUUGCACCACACAAUAACCGAUAAUGAUGCCUGUCAUUUGUUUGGGAAAAGAAAAAAAAAGAUUGGGAAGAUCAAUGAAAAUAAGAAAUAAAUCACUAUUUUGAGUAUUUUCCAUUAACAUAAUAAAACUUUAAAACUUUUUUAAGCUAUAGGUAUAUAGUUCGAGUCGAAGACGUAAAUGUGUCUAAGCUUAUCAUAAAUUACAUGUCUGCAUCUCUCAUUGCGAUAUCAUUUUCAACAAAUUGUGAACUUGAUUGUGGACUUUUAGAUAAUGCAAAAUCUACGGCUUGAAAUUUCUAUGUUCAAUCUUCUACAAGUUCAUAAAUUUCGUGAUUCAACAUAACUCUUAACCCUCCAAUUUCCACCUUAGAUAAAAUAUCCACGUCAUAGGAUAUAAUCCAUAUCAACCAAUAGCAUUCACUCACAUCAGAUAACUGUCCAUCCUCUCAUCACAUAAACCUCCACAAGUACACACCACUCAUCUGAGAAUCAACCUCUUCCUUCAAUACUCUAUCCACAACUUCACAUAUUAAAACCCCAUCAACCCCCUCUCACAUUUUCUUGAUUCCAUAAUUUCAACUAGAUAAUCAAUAACAAAAGCAUCAGCCUCAUAUCUAUUAACAAUGGCCACUGUCACCUCUUCUGCUGUUGCUAUCUCAUCUUUCACUGGCCUCAAGGCUGGUGCUUCCUCAGCUUCCAGAGUUAGCACCGCCUCCGCCAAGGUGGCCGCUACUCCGGCCUCCAGAUUGGCCGUGAAGGCGUCUUUGAAAGACGUCGGUGCUGUCGUUGUCGCCACCGCCGCUAGCGCAAUGCUUGCUAGCAAUGCCAUGGCUCUUGAAGUGUUGCUUGGUAGCGAUGAUGGUGGUCUUGCUUUUGUUCCCGGAAGCUUUGAAGUUGCCGCAGGUGAGAAAAUUACGUUCAAGAACAAUGCCGGGUUCCCCCACAACGUUGUCUUUGAUGAAGAUGAAAUCCCAGCUGGUGUGGAUGUAAGAUUGAUUUCCAUGCCUGAAGAGGAGUAUCUGAAUGGACCAGGAGAGACUUACAGUGUCACUUUGAGUGAGAAAGGAACCUACAAAUUCUACUGUGCACCUCACCAGGGAGCUGGAAUGGUUGGCCAAGUAACGGUUAACUAAUUUCUCACCUCUGUAUCAUGUAAAAGUUUCUUUGAAUUCCCAUCAGUUUCAACAUUUUCGUAUAAGUAUUGCCCUUUUCUUUAUGAGGUAAUGAAAUAUUUAUGGAUGUAAUGUCAUUUUGUGAUUAAUAACAACUUUUUUGGACUGUA